AUGGAAAUAUAUAAAGAUACAUAUAAUAAAAAUAAUUAUAUUAAUAAGAAAAGGAUUAGCUUAACAGAUGGAAAUUUAAGUAGUAAUGAUGAAGUUGAAAAUAAAGAAGACUAUAGUGAAGAUGAAAUGAAAAAACCUCUUAAAAAGACAAGGAAAUCUAUAAAUAAUAGAAAUUCGACUAUAUUAGCACAUCCAUAUAAUAUAAAGUAUUUGGAAUAUCUUAAUGAACUUAGAAAAUCAGCAAAAACAAUGCAAAAUAUUGCAAUAAUUAAGAAGGCAAUGAAGAGCCUAGAACUUUAUCCAUUACCAUUAUAUAACCAACAACAAUUUUUAAGUUUGGAAGGUAUAGGUAAUUAUUUAGCUUCAAAAUUAAGUAAAUUAAUAAAUAAACAAGAAUCAGAUAUUUUUAAUUUUGAUAAUGAAGAAUAUAAAGAUAAAUGCAAAGAAUUUCGUGAAUAUAAAAUUAGAGAACUUAAUAAUAUAUUAGAACCAAUAUUACAAAUAUGUUCAGAAGCUGAUAAUAAAAAUAAGAAUGAAAAUAUUGAAGAGGAUAAGAAUUUUAAGAUACAAAAGAAUACUAGUUCAUUAAGAGGUAUUCCAAUAACAUAUGGUUCAAAAUGGAGUAUUUUAGUAUCAAUAUAUUUGAAUGAGAAAUUAGGUAAAAAUUCAUUUUGUACUGAGAAAUCAAUUGAAUCUAUUGGUAUUUAUAUUAAGAAUUCAUUUAGUGUAAAUAUGAAUUUUAAGGAUAUAGAAAAGAAUAUUAAAAGUUUGAUAAAAUCAAAUUUAAUAGAAUUAAAUAUUACUAGAAAUAUUUUAGAUAAUUUUCCAAUUGGUUCUGAGCAAAAAAAGUAUUAUUUGACUGAAAAAGGAUAUGUAGUAGCAUAUAAUUGUUGUUGUAAUGAUUCCCAAAUAGUGUAUAUACUUAAAAAUUACUUAAGGAUUUGUGAAAAUAAUGAUUUGAGUAUAAAUGAGAAGUUAAAAAGAAUAGCUUUAGACAAAACAAUGAAUAAAUAUACAGAUUAUGAAAUAGUUAUGAUUGUUGACUACAGAGAAGUUAAUACAAAGAUUUUUGAUAAUUCAAAUAUUAAUCCUAAUGAUAAUAAUGAUGAGAUAUUUUCAAAUAAUUAUAUUAAUAAUAAAAAUUAUUCUAUAGGAAAUAGAUCUUCUGGAAUACCACAAUAUUUAAUAAAACGAUUAUGUGAUAAUGGAAUAAAAAUUGAGCUAAGAAGUUUACCUGUAGGUGAUAUAAUUUGGGUAGUAAGACCAAUAAUUAAUAAAUCAGAUGAUAUUGUACCUAUUGAGAAAUGUUAUGUACUUCCAUGGAUAAUAGAGAGGAAGACAGGUAGUGACUUAUGUUCUAGUAUAAUGGAUGGACGUUAUGAUGAACAAAAAUAUCGUUUAAUGCGUUCAUUGGGUGCUGAAAAUAUCAUUUUUUUGAUAGAAGAUAUAAAUUCAAUUCAUGAAAAUAUUGUCUGGUCUAGUAGUACUGGUGGACCUAUAAGUAAUGGUAGAGUACCACCAAAACAAAUUAUUCGUUCUGCUCAAGUGCAUACUCAAUUUGUAGCUGGUUUUCAUAUAGUUCAGAGCCAAUCAAUAGGCCAUACAAUAACACUUUUAAUAGGUAUUCAUAAUAUGAUAUCUCAAGCUGUAAAAAAUAGAUGGGAUCAAAUAAAUAAUAAAUGCAGUAAUUAUGCAAGUCCAAAUCAAGAUUAUAAUGAAACUUUAUCAUUAAGAAUACUAGAGAAUAUUAUUAAAAGUCGUCCUUUAUUUUGUGAUUGGGAAAAUAAUAGUAAAAAAUCAUCUAAUUUAACAGUUCAGCAACUAUUUGGGAAACAGCUUAGAGCUAUUCAUGGUUGUGGACCUGAAGCCACUGAAAUUCUAUUGGAAUUAUGGCCUACACCAUAUAUGAUAUUCAAAGAAAUUUCACAAACAAAUUCUGUAGAUUUAAUACAUAAUCAAAUUGACAAAAAGUGGAAUCAAAUUAAAAAUAUUAAUAUUAAAAAGAGAACUAGAAAAAAAUUCCAAUUUCAAACGAAUUAUUAA